UCGCUUAGUGUUGGCGCUAGUGCCGCUUCUAGGGUUUCGGUUUGCUCCGUUUGUUUCUCGCCCCGGGUCACGUGGGGCGGUCAGUUCGAGUUUGUUCUGUCGGACUUCGGAGAACGACGGACUUGCUUGCUGAGAGAGCUCAGAUCGUCUGCUUGGGCUGGUCUCGUUCUUGCCUUUCGUUCUUUUGGGUUUGUCUUUUGUUCAUUGACGUGAUUUGACUUCAUCCAUCUGACUUUGUCCUCUCCGAGUCAUCCAGUCCUGAUCCUCCAUCAUGUCGCAAACCAUUGGAAAGACCCGUCUCGCCUACUCGCGCACAUGGCAUCACGUUGACGUGGGCACCGACGGCCGCUCCCUCGGCCGCGUCGCCUCCGCCAUCGCCCUCCACCUCAUGGGCAAGCAUAAGCCCAUCUACGACCCCUCGACCGACUGCGGUGACUACGUCGUGGCCGUGGGCUGCCACGACCUGCGCACCACCGGCAAGAAGCGCUUCCAGAAGAAGUACUACACCCACAACACCCGCCCCGGUAGCCUGCGCAGCAUGACCAUGGACAAGAUGUUUGAGAAAUGGGGCGGCGGCGAGGUCCUGCGCCGUGCGGUGCGAGGCAUGUUGCCUAAGAACCGUCUGCGGGACAAGAGAUUGGCGCGGUUGAAGACUUUCGAGGGUCUCGCUCACCCCUACAAGGCCAACAUCGUCAAAUUCGGGAAUCAGUCGGUCAUUGGAAACAUGCCCGAGGUGCAGCAGGCGUUCAAGGAGACCAAGGCCUCUGCUUAAGGGAUGACAAAAUCCCCUAAGUACUGUAUUAUGUCAACUCCUGCUCUGCCUCUGGAGUGUUUCGAUGGUGUAAUUGUAUACAUACUUGUACCGUGCUGUUUGAUUAUCUUCCUGUCUUGUCGUUUUUGAUGAUUUGCUAGCGCAUGGGUGGGAGUUUCUUUCUCUUUUCUUUUCAUAUUUUCACACCUUUUUUGGUUACCUCGUCUUCCCCAUCUAGGUAUUCGAGUUCUACCUACAUUUAACUUGCAUCUUUUCCGACAGAUUUGAAUUGGUGUCUUUGUAUUAUACCAUACGGACCAGUGAGGGAAUUCAAAACA